GUGAGGUUUGCAUGGCGUGCAACCCUGGACAGAGCAGUUUACCUGGAUCGAGUAGCUGUCAGAACUGCUCCGCAGGACGCUUCGCUGCACUUGCUGGGGAGAACUGCAGCCUUUGUGACCCUGGAUUCUUUGCCGAAGAUUCCGGCGCUACUGCCUGUCUGCCCUGCGAGCAGGGGCGUUGGGCAGCAAGCGGCGCAGCCCUUUGCGAAGACUGCGAGGCUGGCCGCUUCUCAUCGUUACUGGGAGCAGAAUCACCGGAGAAUUGUACCUUGUGCCCUGCAGGAACCUUUGGGACUGCUUAUGGUGCCGACUCGGAUGAUGCUUGCAGAGGCUGCGGCCCUGGCAACUUUAGCGGUGAGGGGUGGACAUUCUGUGAGACGUGUCCAUUGGGAACCAUCAGCACUGGGAAUGCUUCUUCAUGCGAUUUCUGUGCAGCCGGUCGCGUCGCCGAGUCCCCUGGGCUGGACGUUUGCAGCCCCUGCACUGCUGGCCGCUAUGGGUUCAAUACUUCCACCUGCGUCGAUUGUGGGCCGGGUCGAUACAGCCAGGAGCUGGGAGCAGAGGGCAGCGACUCCUGCCUGGCUUGUCCUGCAGGACGAGCUUCUGCUGCCUACGGCGCCGACUCGCCUUUGCGCUGCGCGCCCUGUUUGUAUUCGUCAGAUGACGGCCACGGUUUGCUUCUUGACAACGCUGAUCCUGCCCUUGACUGCAGCAGCCACGCCAUCAAGUGGGUCUAG